UUUAGAUUAGUGCUACAAUUUCUUAUUAAAUUUGUGGCAGAAAAAGAAAUGGAUAGUCAUAAUUAUUACGGUAGUGGUGGUUGCUCAAGUUGGAUGAGAGUCGGUAGUGCUUCAUCGGAUGUAACUUCAACAAUAGCAUCACAACAACAACAACAGCAGCAACGGUUUUAUUAUCCGACAAUAUCUUUGAAUAGUGUUACUAAGAAUAAGACGAGUAAAAUAAGCGGUGGUGGUGGUAUUGGAUAUCAAGAUUACCAUGAUCAUUAUUCUCGGCAACAACAGCAGCAACAGUAUUCUGGUCCUAAUGGUACGGGUUAUUAUGGUUGUACCGGUUUCCUUGCAAAACAACAAAUGCAGCAGUCAGCCGUUUCAUCUGGUGGAAAGCGUGGACGUAUUGGUGGUACUUUUCCAAGGAAGAGUCGCUUCUGUUACGGAAUGGAUGCGACGUAUACGCCACCAAAUAAAAACCUAGAACUUAUUCCACGACCGUUGGUGGUUAACAAGUUACCACGUUUCGAAUGCUCUUUCACGUUGCAAGCUAAAAAGUUCUGUGCGGAAGGCUCGAAUAAAAAAGCUGCAAAACAGCUUGCUUGUGAAUUAGCUUUGAAGGAAUUGCGACCUGAUAUACUGCUGGACAUUUCGGUUUCGGUAUCGGAAGCAAGGAAACUUGCGAAUUAUGGUUUCUGCGCACCACAAGCAAAUGGAUCUGAGGAAAGCCGAAGAAAAGGAUAUGCCACCUGCAACUCUCUCCAUGACUUCUUCCUUCGUCUUUGUAGGGAUAAGGAGCGUGUCAGCGCUGAGAAAUUUACGCCACAAUUCACCUUUAGUGAACUUCCAACAACCGAUACCGAUGGCAAAUCUCCGAAAAAAUUCAAAUGUAUGUUGGUUUUGCCUCAUCAGGGAAAGGUUUACUCACACGAAGGCUAUGGAAAAUCACCGAUCAAAAAUGCUGUCAUCCGUGAAGCGCUGGUUGAUGUUUUCGACGUGCCACAAGAAGAAUUAAAAGUGGUGGAACGCCGAACAAUGAAUCUCAAACCAGGCAAACCAAUGCAAGUUUUGAUACAAGCGCUCAGUUUCUACGAUCGUACCAUGCAAGUGGAUGUGGACACCGUUGACGGAAAACCCGUCCAAGGAAAUAGUCGAUUCAUCUGCCGCAUUACGCUCGACAAUAAUAAGACCAUUAUUGGUCCACCUCAAGAUAACAAACAAAAGGCCAAGGAUUCUGCGUGCGAAAAAGUCCUUCUCGAAGAGCUUGAUCUAACUAUGCCAUCGGAAGAUGCGAAAGUGAAGAGAGCAGCCGCUGUUCUUUCGCCUCCAUAUGCAUUACAUCAGCUGAUGUUGAAGCAAAACCGUAAGAAGAACCCGGACUUAGUGUAUGAUGAACCACAAGAUAUCAGCGAAGCACCUAAUAAACCACCAAUGUUCAAGUGUACUUUAACGGUAAAUGGAACACAUAAGUUUGAAGGUAUUGGACAGUCGAAGAAAACUGCUAAAAGUGCUGCUGCUGAGCAAGCGCUGACCAAGUUAUUCAAGUUCGAUCUCUGCGCUGAAAAUGCGCUUGAAAUGAUAUCAGUGAAGAAAUCGAGAAAUGAAGAGGAUGUAGUUUUCUGUGCCGACAUCUGCUCUUUUGUUCGCCAGGAGUAUGAAGGAAUAUGUCACCAGCAAGCGUGUCCUAUAACUACUCAUAUUUCUGCUUUUGUUCUAAUUGCACCAAAUGGCGAAAAACAGUUGGUUGCUAUUGGAGCAGGCCGUAACGCUGUUAUUGAUGGUCAAGUUUUAACAAAUGCACAAGGCAAUGUGCUUAUUCACAUGCAGAGUACGGUCUUGGCACGUCGUGCAUUUGUUCUCUUUCUACAUGGCCAAAUAAGAAACCAUAAUGCAGAAAAUAGUGUUGUCGAACGUUCUCCAGCAUCAAAUAAAUUUCGUCUCAAGACUGGUUAUCAAGUUGUACUUUAUGCAUCGUUCCCACCAAAUUUGCGCACUAGCGGUGAAGUACAAAAGUUAUCAUGCUACAUGGGAGGAGUUCGACUGGAGGAUCCUCCGGAAAAUCCGCAAACUUUCAGUGAUAUCGGAACAUCCGGGCAUGUUAAUGUAAUGAGCGUGGCCGAUAAGAUAUUGAAAUGGAAUUAUCUGGGAUUGCAAGGAGCACUUCUUUCACAUUUUCUGGAACCGACAUUUAUUACACAUCUCUGUGUUGGUGCACCCUCCAAUGAUAAAGCUAUCACACACGCCGUACUGCUUCGAUUUGGUGAUAUGCGACGAGGUGAACUAAUGGUGAAAUCUUCUCAGACCGGUGUAGUACCUCACGGAGAAAUGUAUCAUAAUUGGGUCUCUGGAAUAGGAACCAUUGAACGUUUGGAUCCAUUUACCGGUCGCACAGUAACUGGUUCCCCAUCACGUCUUUGUAAAUCAGAAUUGUACGAAAGUUGGGCACGUGUAAUGGCGGCACUUAAAGCAGAUGGAUACAAGCCUGUUUGGAGCUGUUCAGAAGCAAAACAAAGCGAAGUAGUAUAUCAGCAGACAUUGCAAGCAUUCCAUUUGAAACUGCAUGAAAAUGGUUUGGGCGUGUGGCAACGUAAAGAACCACAGGUGGAUGGUUUUCAGUUAGCUUUUUUCAAUGAAUAAUUGUUUUUGGUAAUGAAAUAUUUGGAUAUUCGGUAUUUAAAAUAUUUGAUGUGGAAAUGUAUUUAGUUUACUUAUUGCAUUUUUUUUCACUUUAAUUGUGACCGUCUUACUAAAGCUUUUGAAAUAUUGUGAGUUCAGACUGGAG